CUAGCGAGUAGUUCUAGUUGUGAUCCAAAAUCCAUCGUCCGCAAAGAUGAGGCUUCAUUCACUUUUGUCCGAAGAGUCGCCCUGGCCCUGGGCGGUGGGCGAUUCAAGUUCCGUUUCCUGCCAGCAACCGAAAAAAGAACUUCUGCUCGCGAAAACUACGGCAUUCGCAGAAAUAAAGGAAGGGGCGGUCGAUCAUGCUAAAAAUGACAAUUUUCUGAUUGAUACGCACGACCACGUUCUGUACUUCAACAACGCGGACACGCAAGUGAAAAAGGCCCUCCACGACAAGCAAGCGCCUAAAAUUAUCGGGGGAAAGUUACCUCCCGGGACUACGGAAGAAAGCGUGCAACGAGUCGUGUUUGUGAAAGGCCGGGAGCGCGUGACUUUUACGUGUCCGUUAGGUUACAUAAAGGUACGGGAAGUCGAAGAUGAUUUUAAGCACCAGAUAAAAAGGCCAGAACCACGUGGGCCGCAGCUGGUCGUGCCCCAGGAAGAACAAAAAGACGAAACUACAGAACAAGAUCCGGACACUCAGCUAGAAGAUGAGCAGGCCGAGAAGAAGCCGCCGGUUUUUCAUCGAUUCUGGUGCGAAAGCGCGGACGACGAGGUGGUAGCGAAGAGAAAAGAAGCAAAACUGGCAACUCCGAUCCUGCCGGUGUUUCCUCGAGGACCGAACCAGGGGAAACCGAUCAAGCGGUGGCCGGCCCAGGUAGACCACACUGGACCGUAUUACUUCGACGACAGUUGCGACCACGCGACGGAGCUCUUUCUUUGCAGUCCCGCCGGCGACGAGGCCGCGCACGGGGCCCAAGUCUGCCAUCCCGUCCCGGAGAGUAACUUGGCUAGCUUUGAGGCACAGAUACGGCAUUCGUUGCGGGACCUGUUUCCGAAGAGUUACAAGAAAGUAAUCCCCAGCAUGCUGAUUUCCUGAUAUGUCUCAAGCCGGUAAAAGACGUGGUGAAUUUACAAACCCUGUAUUUUGCUUAAGAAUGGGAGGAACAUGUCGAUGCUCCUCGUUCUAAAGGAAAU